AUGGCUGGAUUAUCCCGGCAUGCUACAGCGUAUCACCGACAUCAAAUGCUGGAGAUGAUGUUGAAACACUGGAACGCUGACAAGCUGGCGAACGCAGCCAGGUUCCUCGUAGCAAACCUCCGAUCAGCUAGAGCUAUGCAGCGGGAGGCUCUGGAGACGAUCCGGAGCCUCACUCGCAGCCAUGGCAAGCCUCACUGGGAUCUGGCAUUCUUCCGAACGAUGAUCGAUAGUGAGCGAGUCUCCCGAGAAAACGGUCACUCUGUUGCUACACUGCACAUGCGUAGGGCGCGAACGGAACAAGCUCGCUUCUAUCGCUUGGCCUCAUCGUACCGGUCAGCUUUGAACGACAGCAAACAAAAGCGAAUCGCUUUCGAUCAAGUAAACAACGAACCGACGACCGAUCCUGUGAUCCACUUUAUGCAUCUUGCGCACCGGGCCAAUGCAGACGAUGCUCUGGUGAACGCCCGCAAGGAUCUGUUGAUCUGUAUGAACCAACACAACUUACAGUCACGGUAUCCGAGGGACGCAGACAUCUUCAUCUGGCUAGACAGUCAGGAGGGCAAGAUAGCGGCAGACAACGCCGUGUGGGAGGCUUAUGAAGACGCUCUCGACCACCUGGAACUGGCUUGUAUGUCGCGGAUGCAAGAGUUAGAUCGCUGUUCGCGCCCGGGAACGUCGUACAAGCUCCGAGCUAAAAUCCAAGCAGGCCUCAAUGCCAGAAGCGCUGGUCUUGAAACAUCUCUCAAGAAGUAUCAGACGGCACGUUUGGCUCUGCCGAUCGCACAGCGACCGCCCCUUAUCGAUCAAAGCCGUUGGACGGAGAAUCAAGAAGCAGUCUCUGAGUCUUUUGCCUGCCUUAGAGACCAACGGCACUUUGGAGCGGAACUCUGGACUCAACCACAUAUAAGAGAGGGGGUGCGUGCCACCCGUCAUUACGACUGUGCGAUGAAAGAGCUCGCCAGGAUGAGGACGGAGGCGGCACGUUUACAAUACUGGCUGGUGGAUCAACGUAACCUGUUGUGCACGAUAGUAAACACAUCAAACAUCCCCCCCACAGCCAUCUGGGAUUCUUUGAAACCCCCUGUAGCGCAUACAAAACCGAGGCAACUUUUGCCCGCUAUGGCCGUGUGCUGCAUCAUGGAGCGACUGAAAACGUUCGAUCUUCUUGCCGCCGGCCUCAAUCGUGACUUCCAUCCCUUUAGAGAAGAUGAAAGUCAUGUGCCCUUGCAAGACGUACCUCCCCCUGUACAACUUCACGAGAGGUUCAGGCUAUCUUGGUGCCGUUGGACAACCCAGGAUGCUGGAACGUCAACGAUAGACACCGAUUUCGACUGUGACGAGGACAGUAUACCGGCAGGAGCGGAUGAAGUCGACCCCAUUGAAUUGGCGACUAUGCCUGGCAUGAGCGAGGAAUCGUACGCUGUGUUUUAG